AUGAACUGCCUUGAUAUCACACCUAGCAAGAACACACCAGGACUUGAACACACUGCCACAGCACUGCCUGCUGGAUUUUAUUUCUCCUUGCCUUUCAUCUGUGUACUCUGUCCUUGCAGACACCUCGAGGAAGCAAACCAAACCCUGGAAGCAAUGUUGAGGCCCAAGGUGACAACCCUGCCAGGCCACAUCCAGGCUGUUUAUGUGCAGAACAUGGUGAAGCUCUAUGCAUCCAUCCUGCAGCAGAAGGAGCAGGCUGGGGAAAAGGAAGCAGCUCAGGAAAUUACACAGCUGAUGAUCGAGCGCCUGCCUCAGUUUGUGCAGAGUGCAGAUCUGGAGGUUCAGGAGAGGGCUUCUUGCAUCUUGCAGCUAAUAAAAUACAUUCAGAAGCUACAAAUAAAAGAAGUUCCUGUAGCUGAGGAAGUAAUAGCCCUGUUUGCUGGUGAGCUGAACCCUGUGGCUCCUAAAGCACAGAAGAAAGUGCCUGUUCCAGAGGGCCUGGACCUCGAUGCCUGGAUCAAUGAGCCUCCAUCAGACAGUGAGUCUGAAGAUGAAAAACCCAAAACAAUAUUUCAUGAGGAGGAACAAAGGCAUUCCAGACACAGACAGCCAGAAAUAGAUGAAGAGGAACUGGCCAGACGUCGAGAAGCCCGGAAACAAGAACAGGCAAACAACCCAUUUUAUAUUAAAAGCUCUCCUUCCCCUCAGAAGCGAUACCAAGACACUCCAGGGGUGGAACAUAUUCCUGUGGUCCAGAUUGACCUUUCUGUCCCAUUAAAAGUUCCAGGAAUGCCCAUGUCAGACCAGUACGUGAAACUGGAAGAAGAGCGAAGGCAUAAACAAAAACUGGAGAAAGACAAGAAAAAGAAAAAACAGAAAAAGGAGAAGAGAGGGAAACACCAUCGCCACAACUCCCUGCACACAGAGAGUGAGGAGGACAUUGCCCCAGCUCACCACGUCGACAUCAUCACAGAGGAGAUGCCAGAGAAUGCUUUGCCCAGUGAUGAAGAUGACAAAGAUCCCAAUGAUCCCUAUAAGGCACUUGACAUAGAUCUGGAUAAACCCUUAGCAGACAGUGAGAAGUUGCCAGUGCAGAGACACAGGAAUGUCGAGACCCUGAAGUCACCAGACUCAGAAGUUCCCCUAGUAGAGAAGAAGAGCAAGAAACCCAAAAAGAAGGAAAAGAAACAUAAAGAUAAAGAGAGAGACAAAGGAAAGAAGAAAGAGAAAGAAAAAAAGGUGGUAGAGGAGGAGGAAGAAGAAAAAAAGGGGGAAGACUUGGAUUUCUGGCUCUCUACCGCUCCACCAGCUGCUCCCACUCCCCAGCCACAGAGCGAGCCUGCAGUGGGCACUGCUGUGGUGGCUGAAUCCCAAGAGGUAAAAAAAGAAAGGGAAGAGCAAGAUGAAGAAGAGGAGGAUGAAGGAAAGAAGUCCUCCAAGCAUAAGAAGAAAAAGCACAAGAAAGAGAAAGAAGAGAAAUCAAAGGAUAAAAAGAAAUCCAAAAAGAAGAGUCAUCACAGUGAGGAGGAGCCCCCAGAGUCGGUGCAGAAUGGGACACUAGAGGAUGAGCCACUACCACCCAUGUCCAGUUACCGCCUUCUUGCUGAAAACCCCUACAUUAAAAUGACCUAUGAUAUUCAAGGAAACCUCCAGAAUGACAGCCAGGUUACUGUGUCUGUUAUCUUUGAGAACAAAAGCACUAGUUUCCUUAAGAGCAUGGAACUGAAUGUCCUGGACUCUCUCAACACUAAAAUGCUCCGACCAGAAGGAUCCUCAGUACACGAUGGGAUACCUGUGCCCUUCCAGCUCCCCCCUGGAAUCUCUAAUGAAGCCCAGUUUGUGUUUACACUUCAGAGUAUUGUUAUGGCUCAGAAGUUAAAAGGAACACUGUCCUUUAUAGUCAAAAAUGAUGAAGGUUCAACCCACGAGAAACUAGAUUUCAAAUUGCACUUCAGUUGUGCUUCAUACUUGAUCACGACGCCUUGCUACAGUGAUGCUUUUGCCAAGCUCCUAGAGUCUGGAGACCUGCACAUGAGUUCUAUUAAAGUAGAUGGAAUUAGCAUUUCUUUCCAACAUCUGCUGGCAAAGAUCUGUUUUCAUCAUCAUUUUUCAGUUGUGGAACGUGUUGAUUCGUGUGCAUCCAUGUACAGCCGUUCUAUCCAAGGCCAUCAUGUCUGCCUACUGGUAAAAAAGGGAGAGAACUCUGUAUCCAUAGAUGGGAAAUGUAACGAUUCUACCCUGCUUAGCAACUUGUUGGAUGAGAUGAAAGAGACAUUGUCCAAGUGCUGAAUAUUCCUUAUAAGAAAUUCCAACGACAAGAAACACACCCAACGUGUAAAGACGAGCAGACCCAAGUGUUAAGUUUCUCCCUCGUACGCAUGUACUACCCUGGGGCACGUGCUUUCAGUUAACUCCACCAUUGGUUGCAGUUUAGACAUUUUAAGGCUGUAUGUUACCUUUUUAUUUUCAGAACUUUUUAUGAACUGUGGUGUUAACCCUUUCUAGCCCAAAGAGAUCCUGGUGACAUGACUGGAGGAGGGAGGGGAGGAGGGAGGGAGGGAGGGCCGGGCACUAUUUAUUCAGCAGCUCAUGAUGAUCCCAUGACCUUCAUCUGUGUGGGAUGGGGACUGAGCAGGACUUUAUCAACAGUAGCACAGUUUGUUGUUUGUGCUUAUGCCAGGGAAGGUUGACUUAAUCCUUAGCCAUGAAAUAUGUCUUCAGGGCUGCUGUAGUUGAUGUAUAUUUCUAGCAGAGGCUGGUGCUGGACCAGAAGGCCUCUUUUUGGUUUUUUUUUAUAUAUAUAUGAUUUAUUAUUAUCUCAAGAUCUAUUGUGAUCAGCGUAUAAACAUCCUCCAUCUCCUUGAGCUAAUCCAAAGGAGCCCUGUGAGAACUGGGGUGUUUGAGUUUCUGUUUAUAGUAGUUGCCUUGAGCCUUAACCUUCUUUUAGUGACAGCUGGAAGAGUGUGGAAGGGUAAAACAGGCUGAGUGUUACUGUUUGGGUCUGUGCUCCCCUCGACUGCCCCACACAGGGAGUCUGUCAGGCCUCUCCCCUUUGAGCUGUCUCUGCUGAUGUGUUCUAUGAGUCCACUUCAAUUUCACAUUCCUAAGCAGUUAAACUGUAGCAAGAAACUGGAAAGUCAAAGGGGUGUGUUCCUGCUUUUUUAUUCUUUCGCUCACCAGCUGAGGUUGACCAUUACAAGGUUAGAGAAACAGCCGUGGGUGCAGCCCCUUGUGUGUAGAUCCAUGUCCUCCCUCUGGACUUUGGAACCAGCAGGGUCAUUCUGUGUCUGUGUCCCUUCAGUGUCCCUUGGCCCUGCCCUUGUAGCAGUGAGAGCAGAUGUGACAGCACAAGUGCCCCUGGGCCCCUGUGGCAGAGCCCUCCCUGCCAGGGUGCAGGAGAGAGGGAGGGAUUGGGAGCCCCAACCCUGCCAGGGUGCAGGAGAGAGGGAGGGAUUAGGACCCCCUUUCCUGGCAGGGUGCAGGAGAGAGGGAGGGAUUAGGAGCCCCAACCCUGCCAGGGUGCAGGAGAGAGGGAGGGAUUAGGAGCCCCAGCCCUGCCAGGGUGCAGGAGAGAGGGAGGGAUUAGGAGCCCCUUUCCUGGCAGGGUGCAGGAGAGAGGGAGGGAUUAGGAGCCCCUUUCCUGGCAGGGUGCAGGAGAGAGGGAGGGAUUGGGAGCCCUUUUCCUGGCAGGGUGCAAGAGGGAAAGUGGGUGGGGAGCCCUGUCCCACAUGCAGGAAGGAGGAGGGAUGAGGAUCCCCUCUCCCUGCCAGGCUGCAGGAUGGGGAGGGGGCUGAGGAGCUGCAGAUUUGGGACUCUAACAGUUGCUUUAGAGGGAAGAAGGGAGAGUCUGGGAAGUGCCCAUUCUGCACUAUAGGAAUCUUGUGGAGUCACUGAUAGGAAAGGGAUGUCAUGGUGUCCUGCUCAGCUGAUGUCCUUCUCCAACAUCCCUUGCUUUCAGCUUCUUUUUUAUUCCCCCUGCUCCAUUUCUUUCUUUGCUGUUCCACACCCAGUGAGCAAAACUCCAUGGAAUGGUUUUACUUCAAGGCACAGGUCAGGAGCAGUUGAUUGCUCCAAAGAGGUGCCCAGGGAGGAGCUGGCUGGGUCUGCACGUCUCCAGCUCCACCACCACUCCUAAAACACCAAACCCCUUCACAGGGAGCAGGAUGAAGUGUUGAUCUUAUCCCUUGGGUGAUGUCCUGUACUUUAUGCGUGUCUUGUGCUCUUUACACUCUUCCCACAGGAGGUAUUUUGGCAAAGGCUCUGCUCUGGUGCUCUGGGUUCCUUGCCAGGCCCAGCUCCGUGUCUGACCGUGCUGCCAGGAUGUGGAGGGUUUGGUUUUGGUCAGCCUCCCUUGGUUAGCCAGUUGUGUAUUAGAAACUGAACAUAUUAAAAUUGUCUUAAAGGAUAAUGUUCCUCAAUUAGUGUUUGGGUUUUUUAAUUCAUGGAUGAAAACUGUCACUUUAGCAUGUAGAGUCUCUUACAGAAUCCUGUGCAGUGAUUCUAGAAUUUUGAAACUGUAUGAUGUGUUACAUUCACAAAUUUAUUUGCUAUCAACAUUCCCUGGGAAAAAAAAAAAAAAAAAAAAGAAAAAGACAACAACAUACCACAAGCUGCUGUAAUGAUUUUGUGUCAAGAUGAUCCAAUAAACUUUCAAAACAAAGUUAAA